CUACUUCAUACAAAAAUAUAUGACAUCAGAUUGACAUUCUUGUAUCGAAGAAAAAAGUCAAAGGGACAAAAUGUUUUGCUUUUGUAAGACGUGACGCUGAAUUCCGUGAGAAAAUUUCCACCUAUUAUACGCAGCAGUGAACGGCAGCUGCAAAAUGCUGCAGUUUUUCAAGAAAUCCGGUCGUUCGAACUCAAGCCACGACGAGAAGUUGUCGUCGUCGGCGAUUAAACAGAGAAUCUCUAAAAGGCACUCAAUGCCAGCCGCGACUUGUUUCGAUGGCGAGAUUUUAGAUGAGACCCUGGCAGGAUCUUGUGCAGCUUUCGGCGAGCAACGAUCACGUCUUUCAAAGAAUCUCCGAGAAAUAUUAUCUGAUAAGAAUUGUUUAAGCUACUUCGUACAAUUCCUAGAUGCGAAAAAUGCUCUCUCACCUAUAAAAUUUUUUUUGGACGCGGAAAGUUUCAAGACUGCAGCUGAUUUAUCAAUCUCAUCGUCAAAAACGAAUAUAGCUAAAAAAUCUGGAGGAAAUUGUGAUAAUUGCGAUAGUGUAAGUGAGGAUUGCUCUCCAGUAGCACGUUUCAGGCACCAUGUCACUCGAGAAAUAACUAAGAGCGUUUCGUCCGAAGGAUAUGACAGUCUAUCGUUCAAUAGUUUCGAUAUCUGCGAUAGGUUGUCGAACAGCUCGCAAUCAGAAGGCAAUCUGCGUGACACAGGUCUGAACAAUGUGAAUGAAGGAAAUGACAUUGAUGAAGAUGCCAUUGAAAUACAGUGUGAUAACGCUCCUGAGCUGAAGAAUCUUUAUGAUUUGUCAAUGAAAAAACCACUAACAGAUGAUGAAAAAUCUCGAAUAUGUGUUGAAACGAAUAAGAGGACUAAGCAACGACACAGCACUGAGGAACAUAUUCUCAAUUCUCUUAGUUAUACAGCGGCGGAUUGUAGAAAUGCAUCUGAUGUAUCGGAUCGAUCAGUUGUGAGUGAUUCAAUUCGUAUUUAUAAAAAAUAUCUGAUAACGAAUUCACCGUGCUUCAUACACAUUCCGUCAGCAAUUCUAUCUAAUUCUCUUGCACUCUGCGGUCAACAAGAAGAUGGUAAAAUGAGCUCAUCAAUAUCGGCAGACUGUUUCGAAGAAGCUCAUUAUGUGCUGGAGCAACUCGAACUAAGCUACUUAAAUGAAUUCCUGGAAAGCGUUUUUUAUUGUCGAUAUUGCAUGGAUAUCCUGACGAAUAGCAGUUUGACUAUAGUAGAUAUUCUAUACAGCGAAUCUGCUCUAUUUUAUUUCAUGGAAUACCUAGAACAAGAAUGUAAGCGUAACUGUUUAGAUUUUUGGAUGGCUGCUACAAAUUUCCGCAGGCACUACAAAUCUCUUUCUGCUGGAUUUAGUAAAGCAGAUGCCCAGAAUGACGCAAUGGUUCUGUACGAUAAAUACUUCUCAUUGCAAGCCUCUUGUCCACUGAGAAUAUCAGAUAGCGUGCGGAGUCAUAUUGAAGAAAGCAUUUGCGCAGAUAAUGAUGACGUGGCGGAGUGCUUUGAUCUUCCCUUACGGAUAAUCGAAGGAUAUUUCAACAAGUACUAUUUCAAUGAUUUCUUAUCAUCGCCACUGUUUGCGAAAUACCUGAAUGAGCUUCGAACAAGAAUAGAUGAUAAUGAGGAUCCUGAUUUGACUUCUCAGAAAGCCUUGAAGCGUCGCACUCGUCAUCGUAAAACGCUCUCAGAUUGCACGGGUGAUAACACGAAAUGCAUUCGAAAGAGUUUUAUUUCUCAACAAAAUACUCUCUUGGCAAUGGAGUCAACUCGACCGAAAGGAAAAACGACAAAUUUACCAAGUGGUGAUAUGCAAAUAGACUCGAGGCUUUUAACGAAUCCGGAUUUAUUAUGGCAUCGGAAGAACUGUGCGACAAACGGCCCGUUAACGUUUGGUAGAGUUGACUCUAUGGGGCGUUAUGAACGGGAUUUUGAACCAUCGAAUAUUUCAGAAGACAAAUGGUCACUAACAACUGGUGGGAACCGGUUGAAGAAUGCAGUUCGAAAGCUUGUUAAUCUGCCUGAGGACAAAGUCCAAGAAGAAAUAGCGUGGCAGGUAGCCGAAAUGAUAGUUAAGGACGUGACGAAUAUAACUCUAGGUAGUAGCGAUAGUAACGUACAGAAUGAUAAUGUCCCCAUCUAGGUACACUUUAUGAUUGCGUUAGCAGCAGUCUCGUUUAUGCACAGGAGACUUGAAAGUAUAUUAUCAGAAUAUUUUUUUCAAAAACCUAAUAGAAACAAAUCCCGUAGGAAUGAAUUCACAUUGUUUAAGCUUUCAAGUGUCUGCCUUCAUCGUGCCAAAGUUAAAAUUCCAAACCCCAAAAUUUAAACAUUUCGUUUAUUGCCACUGUCGGCCAGAACUCCAUCUAGUUAGUGUCUGGUAGGGAGUCAUGUUGAAUAAGGAUUACAUUGUCUGGAGUGUUGACGGUGGUAUGUAAUUCAAUGACUUUGGCACUGCAGUUUAUUGUUUGAAAGUGCUGUAAGUUUCGAGUAUAACAUGUUUCCCUUUUGUUUUAUUCACUCUAACGUUGUUGACAGUUGAUAUUUUUAAUAUAUUACGUUGAAAUUUAGUUUUAAAAAAAAACGAAUAAAAUAAAGUUGUGCGAAAUGAAGGGUGAUAAACCACUUCGCAAGUUCCAACUUACUCACCCUUAACGGAAAAUUAUCGUGCAAAUGUGUAUAAUGUAAAUGUGAUUGUGUCGCACAAUCUUUUCAACAAAACUAUGUAUUGAUAAAAUUAAUGUAAAUAUACCAUAUUUUAUAUAGUUUUAGUGGCAAGUAUAAAAUUCGAAAUAUGUAAAAAGUAAUAUUUUGCUAGAAGAUUUUUUCUAAAAUCGAAAUACCGAUUCGAUCCUGCGCAUGUGCACAGGAUGUUGAAUGUCGGAAUAAAAUUUGUGAUUAGCA